AUGGAUACUGAAAUAAUACCACAGAUUAAUGUGGACAUUAGCAGCCUGGAUUAUAAUAACUUGGAGGCUACAACAGAUGACCACUUGAGAACUUUAAAGGCCUUAACAGAGAGACUAAGACUAGAAACCAGGAGACCCUCUUAUUACGAGUGGAAGGCCCAAGUGGAGGCUAAUGCUGCCAAAGGACAAAUCAAACCAACAGAGUCUGCUAAUUUGGGUCAGUAUGCAGGACUGGAGCACACAGGAGAGCCUAAAAGAAAUGGCUACAGCACAGACUUAUCACAAGAGAGUAGUCUGACCUCAGGAAGACUUAAAGGAUUCAGAAAUAUUGAUGAGGCUCUUAUCUGGCUCAGGAAGGAACUGAAGGAGAUGCGUCUUCAGGAUCAGCAGCUUGCCCGCCAGCUCAUGCACCUGCGAGGCGAAAUUAACAAACUUAAAAUCGAGCAGGCAUGUAACCUUCACCGACGAAUGCUCAAUGAUGCCACCUUUGGCCUGGAGGAGCAGGACGAGCUCUCUGAUCUUCUGUGUGAUGGUCCGGUCACACCAGGGUUUGGUCUGUCUGCACCUCUCCGGCUGAUCGGGGUCACUAAAAUGAACAUUAACUCGAGACGUUUCUCCCUCUGCUAG